AUGGCUUGUGGCAAACUGCAAAUGGGUCUUCUUAUGGCUUUCUUUCGACAAUGGCUUUCUUCCUGCCACUCUUCCAUAAAGAUCAAAUUUAUGAUAUCUGAGUAUUUUGUUGUGUUCCAAAUAUCGAUUUAUAAAUGCUGGGAAAUCCCAGAGGAUAGCGUUUUCUUCUUCUUCUUCUUCUUCUUCUUCUUCUUCUUCUUCUUCUUCUUCUUCUUCUUCUUUCUUUUUCUCCCUUUAUCCUUGUUACCUUUUCUUCUUCUUUCCUGCUUCUUCCUUUUUUUUACAGUUUGGUAUCCUACUGACGGUAUCAGCACCCACAGAUCACGUUCAACGCUAAACUUAUUACAUUUUUCUAUUUUCUUCUUUUAUCUUUCCUUUUUCUUCUAUUCUUCCUUUCAUUCCCUUUUCAUCUUUAUUCCCCUUCUCUCUCUCUCUCUCUCUCUCUCUCUCUCUCUCUCUCUCUCUCUCUCUCAUACACACACACUUUACUGUUCUUUUCUGUCUAUUCACAUCUAUCUAUCUAUCUAUCUAUCUAUCUAUCUAUCUAUCUAUCUAUCUGUGCGUGUAUGUGUGUGUGUUUGGCUGAGAAGUCUACAUUGA